GAGAAAUGGCAAGCAUGAUGAAUCUAGCACCUACUCUUACAAAGCUCCAAAAUGCAGGAGCUAUCAUAGGACAUAAGCCUUUAAGAACUAGGGUUUUUCUUGGUGCAACACCCAAACCUUUCCAGGUAGGUAAACGACACCUAGGGAUGGCAUUUAAAGAUGAGGCACGCAACGCAGCUGAAAAAGGAGUCGAUGCAGCGAAACAAGGCGCUGAGACGGCCAAAAAAGCCGCCCAAGAAGUCACAAAUGAGACUGCCUCUGUUGCUGAUGAGGCGGUGAGGAAAACGAAGGUAAUGGGAGAAAAGGUUGCGGAUGCAGCACAAGACAUGGCUGGAAAAGCAAAAGAAACAGCCCAAGAAGCAUGGGGAUCAGUUAAGGACACAACCCAAAAAGUGAAAGACACUGUGCUAGGCAAGGCUGAAGAAUCCAAAGAUGCUAUUAAAAAUAAUGUGAACCGCACCAUGAACAAGAAUUGA